AUGUCUCCACUGAGUCCCCUCCUGUUCUCCACCUUCGAAGUCACGACACAAGCAUUCUACCGCGCGUCGCUGUCAUACGCGAUCGUCAACUUGAAGCCUAUCGCUCCUGGUCAUGUCCUAGUCGUGCCGAAGAGGGUCGUACCGCGGCUUACGGACCUCGAUGAUAAAGAGCUGUCAUGCCUCAUGAGCUCCGUCAAGCGCGUCGGUAGCGUCGUGGAGAAGGCAUACGGAGGCGACGCGUUGACGAUCGCUUGUCAGGACGGGAAAGCAGCAGGGCAAACCGUUCCACACGUCCACUUCCACAUCAUACCGCGCAAGCUGCAGGGAGACCCCUUUGGCGAAAACAACGAUGAGAUAUACCCCGAGCUGGAGCGGAACGAGGCGGCGCUGCCUGGGGGGUUGCAGGCCGCCUCUACGUUGCCCUCUCCGCGGAAGAGGAGUGGAGAAGCAAGGCCGGUCACGACGAACGGAACGACGGCGCAUGAGGCGUCACCGAUGACGGUGACGAACUCGUACGUCGACGCAGAACCUGACAGGCCCCCGCGGACGUUGUUCGAGAUGGAGAAGGAAGCGAGGUGGUUGGAAGGGUUCUUUGCCUAG